CAUAGCCAUAUGUAUUCCUUUACUACCCAACCCUGUAGCUAUUUAAAUUCCCUGGCCACUUUAUUAGAAACCCCUAUGGGAAGCCCCCUCCACACAAUUAAACAGUUAAAUUUUAUCUGUUCUGUAUCUGCUGCCAUUAUUAUUGUUCUCUACAGCAGCUCUUUAUGAAUUCUCAGUUUCUAAAAGCUGCAGAGCUGCUCUUGCUCUGGAUUUUAGGGUUUGGGAUUUAAUGUAAAAUAGUCAAAUAUAAAAUGUUCUGCAGUUUAAUAUCACUACUAAACUGAACAUAUUAGAUUUUAACAGUUUUAUUACCAUAGAUACAAAUAAAAACAGCCCCAGGUCAGGCUGUGUUUAUUCAAAUCAUAAUCAGACUUCUGAGAAACAUGGCUGAGUUUAUACCUUUUACUGAGAGAUAUCUACUGAGGCUGAUCUACUACACUGCCUCAGGUCCUUCAUCCACAGAAUCAGGGAAAGAGCAGUGGUAUGAAACACACACUGCACUGGUGCGAGUGACAAACACAGGAGACAAGCAACUGUCAAAGUGCAACAUAGAGAGUCUGGCCUUGAGCAUCCCUGAGCUGAACCAUCGAGCGAUGGGCUACAGAAAUGUCCCCAUCCUUCUGUAUACAAUCCUAAUAUGGGUGGAGAACAUCCCUUUGGACCUCAGCCUACCUCAUCGAACCAGAGCACAGUUAUCCUCCAAUUUAUACAGUCAACCCAGGCCCCAGACAGACUGCCAGGCAUCAACAUCAAGAGCUUCACCACUGCCCCCUCUGCUGGCUCCAUCCGAGAGUGACUGCUGUGUCACUGCAGAUCACCCAAGUAGUGACAGCUUCUUUACAGCUGGCCUGAACCACAAGGAGUGGACCACAGUAACCUAUAGGGACUAUGAUUUCAUCAGGUCCAUCUGCCCAGUCUACUCUACAGAUGAUGAAGUGGACGUUAUAUGGUGCUGCUCUAUCUCUGAUUACACUGCUUAUGGACAGCUGGUCUUUUCUGUAGACAUGGACUUUCUGUGUGAGGCCAAGCAGGUAGAUAGUAACCUCAGUUGUGAUGGCACACCAGAGGGAAUGAACAAAGACCAGAAGAUGGCUAAUUGCAGGCCAGUUAGCUGUAAAACAAGCUAAUCUUUAAAAUAUAUUAAAUAAUCUUAAUAUCUGUUAGUUCAUAGAUUUGAUCAAAUUUACUUUUUUUUGCCUUCUCAUUGUUUGGUGUCUGAUGUAUGAUGUUUUAAAAGAUUUUAUGUGAUGUAGCCUUUUUUUAGUUUUCUGUCGGAAAUAUGAGUGCAAGCUACGUUUGUGAAUCCUUAGUGAACUGUUCUUUUUUAAGUAAACAGCUUUUAAUUGAAAUAGAAUCAUGGGUGUGCAGGCUGAGUGGUUUAGCUAAUAUUAACAAUAAGGUAGACCAGUUCAGGUCAACCUAUCAAAAAAAAAACAUGCAUGUAGUCUUAAAUAAAUAUAAAUUACACAUAAAUACAUAUGCAACAUGAAAAUUCAUUUAAAUGCAAUCUUGAAUCAGAUGAAGGCUGGGCCUCAGCAUUUCUAUCACCAACAAUAAUCUGUCAGAAAAAUGACAGAUUCAAAUGAAAAUGAAUCAGACUGUAAAUACUGAUUUAAAAAGGUUGUGUUCCAAAAAAUAUUUUAGAAGGCGUUAACAGAGAGACUCAUGUUCAUUUAAAUACAUGUUCACUGAAAAAAGUCAAAUAAAAAGGCACUAUAUCUGCAUCCCCUGAAUAUUUUAUUGAACAUAAAAUAAAUUCUUUUUCAAGGCAUCUGUGGCAAUAUUUAACACUGUCACCCUUUAGGCUGGAAAAAACUAAAAAAAAAAAAAAACAA